AUGGGAAAUAUUUGUAAUAGUGAAUAAAGGGACGAAUAGUUAAGUAAUUCCUUAAAAAAUACUUACUUUUCAGAAAAUGAAGACUAACCAUACGCCCCUAUUAAACCAAUUGUAUCCUACAGAAAAUAUUAUUAGAUUUAAAAUAAAAUUGAUAGAGAAAAUAGUCUGUAGAUUGGUGUUUGUUUUGAUAAAUCUGAAAUUAUAAACUAAGAAAUAUGCAUUUAACUAUGGGAAGGUUUAGUUGGGAAUCCAUAACGCCAACAUUAAAGAGAACCUGGUGAUUUAUAAAAGGCUUUAUAUGCAAUUCAUAAAAAUGAACCAGGACGUUUUGCGGAAGUUUUAGAAUAAGCUGGAGGUGGAUAAAUUAGAUGGUUUGUUUGGAAAACUUUGUUAUAUAGUUGCAUUAAAUAUAAACAUCAAGCAAUGAAAAUUAGAUAAACUGAAAGACUAUCAGUGGUAGAAAGAGAUGUGAAAAGAACAUUUCCAAGGUAUAAUUAAAUUUAAGAUUAGUCAUCCCUUUUUUUAAUUAGAAUCUUAAAGUUCUCAAUUAUUAAGUUAACUAUUAAAUUUAGUUGGGGCAACUUUUAAGGGAAUAGGCUAUACUUAAGGAAUGAAUUACAUCUUAGCAUUUAUGCUAAUGUAAUCAGGUGGGAAUAUAGAAUAAACAUGGUCUGCUUCUUUUCUGAUGUUUUAUUGUUCAAAAUGGAUGCUUUAUGCAAUUUAUAUGACAGAAUUUCCUUUAAUGAGACUAAUUUGUAGUGUUACUAAAGAAAUUCUCAAAGAAUAAGAUGUAUAAUUGUACAAACAUUAUAUGAAAUUAGAUAUUGACGAUUCUUAUUUAUUAUGUAAAUGGAUCUUUACUUUAUAUUUGUAUAAUAUUCCAAAAUAAGCUUGUCUUCAUUUUUGGGAUAUUAUUUUUUAAAAUGGUAUUUUUAUUAUGGCAUCCAUAAAUUGCUAAUUAUUAAUCUCAAUAAGAACUUCAAUUUUGAGUUUCAAGAAUUCAACACAAUUUUUGGAAUAUGCAUAAGAAUUAUAAUAAAAUUAAAUUUGUUAAAAUUACAAAGAAAUUAAAAAUAAUGCCUUAAAGACAAUACCAUAAAAAAAAAAUAUUCUUUUUUGUAUAAAUUCUAUCAAAGAUUAAUAUGAAAAGAAUAGUGCAGCAUAAGAAUACUUUUAAUUAUUAUAGGAUAAUUUUGAAAAAUCUGAUUUCGAAAAAAAAUACUAAAAUUGGAUGGAGAAUAAUCUAUAAUAUAAUUCAAAUUGA